GUGGCCUCAACCGCCCCCAAAUUCUACCCAGGCUCCCGGUGCACCAUGUACCGCGUCGUCCGACUCCUCGCGCGCUCGCGUCGCCUCGUGCGGCCUCCCGGCUCAGCCUCAGCUCCCGGCCUCGGAGGCGUGCCGGUCCUCCCACUGCGGGCCCCGAACGCCGCUGGAAUGGCAAGCCAAAAUUCCUUUCGGAUAGAGUUUGAUACCUUUGGUGAGCUCAAGGUCCCAAAUGAUAAGUAUUAUGGCGCCCAGACUGUGAGAUCCACGAUGAACUUUAAAAUUGGAGGUGUGACGGAGCGCAUGCCAAUCCCAGUUAUUAAAGCUUUUGGAAUCUUGAAGCGAGCGGCUGCUGAAGUAAACCAGGAUUAUGGUCUUGAUUCGAAGAUUGCUAAUGCGAUAAUGAAGGCAGCCGAUGAGGUAGCUGAAGGUAAAUUAAAUGAUCAUUUUCCACUUGUGGUAUGGCAGACUGGAUCAGGAACCCAGACAAAUAUGAAUGUAAAUGAAGUCAUUAGCAAUAGAGCAAUUGAAAUGCUGGGAGGUGAACUUGGUAGCAAGAAACCUGUGCAUCCCAAUGAUCACGUUAAUAAAAGCCAGAGUUCGAAUGAUACCUUUCCCACGGCGAUGCACAUUGCUGCUGCUGUAGAAGUCCAUGAGGUGCUCCUGCCAGGGCUACAGAAGCUGCAUGAUGCUCUCGAAGCCAAAUCCAAAGAGUUUGCCCAGAUCAUCAAAAUUGGGCGCACUCACACCCAGGACGCUGUUCCACUCACUCUUGGGCAGGAAUUUAGUGGUUAUGUUCAACAAGUGAAAUAUGCAAUGACGAGAAUAAAAGCCGCCAUGCCAAGAAUCUAUGAGCUCGCAGCUGGAGGCACUGCUGUUGGUACUGGUUUAAAUACUAGAAUUGGCUUUGCAGAAAAGGUUGCUGCAAAAGUGGCUGCACUCACAGGGUUGCCUUUUGUCACAGCUGCAAAUAAAUUUGAAGCUCUGGCUGCUCAUGAUGCUUUGGUCGAACUCAGUGGAGCCAUGAAUACUACCGCCUGCAGUCUGAUGAAGAUAGCAAACGAUAUUCGUUUUCUGGGUUCUGGUCCUCGCUCAGGUCUGGGAGAGCUGAUCUUGCCUGAAAAUGAGCCAGGAAGUAGUAUCAUGCCAGGCAAGGUGAACCCUACGCAGUGUGAAGCGCUCACCAUGGUUGCAGCCCAGGUCAUGGGGAAUCACGUUGCCGUUACCGUUGGAGGCAGCAAUGGACAUUUUGAGUUGAAUGUUUUCAAGCCAAUGAUGAUUAAAAAUGUGUUACACUCAGCCAGGCUGCUGGGGGACGCGUGCGUUUCCUUCACAGAAAACUGCGUUGUGGGAAUCCAGGCCAACACAGAGAGGAUCAACAAGCUGAUGAACGAAUCUCUAAUGUUGGUGACAGCUCUUAAUCCUCAUAUAGGGUAUGACAAGGCAGCAAAGAUUGCUAAGACAGCACACAAAAAUGGAUCAACCUUAAAGGCCACUGCCAUUGAGCUUGGCUAUCUCACAGCAGAGCAGUUUGAUGAGUGGGUAAAACCUAAGGACAUGCUGGGUCCAAAGUGAUUUAAAUGAAUUUAUAAUAAAAAAGUAUGUUCUAUAAAAUAAAAAAAAAAAAAAAUGAAAAAGACUCCUUUUAUUUCUUAAGCAAAAAUGGAUGAAUGUGAAAGGAAACCGCUCCUGAACUUGACUGUCUCUAGCAGAGCUCUUUGAUCGGUGUGUAAAAACCCUGGGAUGUGCUUGGGUCCAAAGUGAAUUUGAAAAGUGUAAAAUGAAAUAAUUAAAUUGUAUGAAGUCAAACAGA